AUGAACGCCGCACGUCAGGCGUGCCGCCCAAAGCACCAGGUACUGGUCCUCAAGUGCUAUCCCAAGGUCCUGAAGAACAAUGCCGACGCCAAGGCCAAUUCCAGCGAAUUGAGCUACCUGCUCUACUAUGCAAGCACACGCCGCAGCAAGCUCCAGAAGGUCGUCGACUUCCUCGACAAGAAGGCGACCAAGGAUGUGUGGAAAGUCCGCACUGGCAAUGUCCAGGUUACGCUGCAGAUUGUCAGGACGGUGAUUGAGAAGUGUCCGCGUGACCUCCCUCUCUACGCCGGCUCCGUACUGCAAAUCCUGCGCACUAUCCUCACCUCGAACAACCUGGCCAUGGUCGAGGAGUCGGUCCCGACCUUCGAGGCACUCUGCGCCCACCAAGACCCCGCCGCCCUCGCUGCCGACCAGGACUACAUCAAGAAGUACGAGGAGAUUGUCCAGCUAUACGCCCAGUUUGCCUCCAAAGAUGCUGUCAAGACGGGCAAAGACGCCGUGAGCUGGCCCGUCGCUAUCAGGCACCGCAAGGUUGGCCUGCAGGCGCUCAAGGCCGUGGCCUCGUCCGAGUCACUGGGGUCGGAGACGGGGCGCCAGCUGGCCGUCAUCAUACCGGUCAUACUCGCAAACAUACACGCAGAGACGGGCGCAUACCUCAAACAGCUCGAGAUCCGGGAAGCCGCCCAGGGCGAGCACGACAAGGAAGCCGCAACACGGCGGCGACAGAGCGUAUCCACAGCGCGAACUGACGACGAAGACGGAGACCCAAUCGCCGCAUCUGGAACAACCGAAGAUGCGGACAAACUGGCUGAAGAGGAGGUUGGCGUGCUCGCGCUACAGGCGCUAAGGAGCAUCUUCCAAGGGGUGAAUCGCGGUCAGCUCCGGCUCGCGACAUCUGCUGUCCUCAACUUCAUAAGCACACACGUCAAGAGCCAACUAGAGGUCCCGCCAAGCGAAAGCAGUCAUUGGGCAACGACGCUCAUGGCCAUGAUCUGUGUGUGGGUGCCUGUGCAAGACCGAUACACGAUUCUUGUGGGAGCAGUUGAGGCCUUGGUCCGCAGCCCCAUCGUGGAGGAGGAUCUCGAGCGACAACUGGUCCUUGCUACUGUCAUUGACUAUCUUCUUGCUUCGCCCAUCAACUUCAUCGGCCUUAGUGUCAUGGAUGUGCUGGUAGGCUUUAUCUCGCACACUCUGUUACUGUUACAACUCGGUGGGCCAGGAUCGAGCAUCUUGCCACAUCAUCAGCAGACAACUUCCAUCAUGUCGGAAAAAGAUGAAAGCAAGAAUUCAUCCACCAACCACGUGGACAGUGUCGUCAUGGAAGUUGUAAAGAAACCGUCGGGCGCAAGGUUGCAGCUCUUAGACACUGUACAGAAAUGUAUGGCAGAUCUUGCGACCCAUGUGUACUAUACAGACCAAAUCUCAGACAUGAUCGAAGCAAUCCUAGGCCGCCUCAGGCCCUCGCGCCUCUCGGCCAUUUCUACUACGGCCGAAGCGAUACAGAACCCUGAAGGCGCCGUGGAGGCUGUUGCAGACUCAAUCAGCAUGCAAGAGAAGACUCAUGUUGACCGGUUUUUCUCAUUUGAGACAGCACGCAUUACGGCUCUCGACGCCGUCAAGGCCAUCUUAAAGAGGGCGAAUGCGCGGAAACCGGAUGGUUCUCCAGCCUCGGUGUCGCGAAGCAAGGUUGGCGUCAGUGUAUGGGAAGGCUCGCAGUGGCUGCUGCGCGACCCAAGUGGCCGAGUCAGAAAGGCUUAUGUCGACGCGUUGGUCACUUGGCUGAAUACCGAGAAGGAUAAGGAGGACCUGAAGAUUGUAGACAACUACAGACGGAAGGAGAAGGACAAUGACAAGAAUUCACUAUCCAGACGAGCGGUUUCAAAUGCCUCUACGAGGGAGAGGGUAUCUAAGCGUGGCAAGGAUACCUUUCUGCCUCUACUCCAUCUGGCUGUGUAUGAAAACGCGCAUCAAUUCAUUGACUCGGAAGCCGACUACUUGCUUCUGCACCUCCUUCUUACCACCCUAGUCAACCGGUUAGGCGUCAACGCUGCAAGGAGUGGGUUGCCAAUGAUCAUGCGACUACAAGAGGAUAUUGCAACUAUAGAAGAUCCUGGCGCCAAGUUGCGCAUAGGGAGUCUGGUGCAUGGCUACCUCUGGGCACUCAGUGCGGCUCUUGACUUUGAAGUAUCUUCUGUCGGUCGCGCAUUGCACAACGAGAUUACGCGUAGAAACCAGAAGGGUCUAUGGAUGAAGAGCAUCAACGUUCCACCUAUGCCCAUCGAUUUGAUUGAAACGCCGCACCCAACACCGGUUGCAGUGCCUCCAGAAAUUGUUCAGAACGAGGCCCUCAGGCCCUUUGAUAAUCUAGAAGCACUUGUUGAGAAGAUCUCGGAAGGUUAUUCGACUUCCCUACAUUCUCCGCCUGCUUCGCCCCCGGGGUCGCCCAGCCGUGGAGGCGCUGCAAACGGCUCGAUUCCAACAAUCCACCAACCAGUACAGCCAAUGGCGCCUAGGGAUACCCCUGAGUUGUCAUUCAAAGUCCGUGAGGAUCUCAUGUCGCAAUGGUCUCGUGAGGAAUGUCUGGCAAGCCACACCAAAGACUCUACAUCUGCAUCCAUCUCCGGGUCCAAGUCCGGGACUCACUACACCAAGAAUAACUUCCUUGGUGUUAACAUUCCACACGGAAAUCUUGACAGCAAUGCGAGCUCCCCUGUCCCCAGUCCCAGGCGAGCGCAGAGCAGACCCCCAUCUGCCGCUUAUGGCCUGGCAGGUCGUCUCUCCUCACCAAACCGAAGUCGUAGUCCUGGCGCUACACCCAACAGUUCCUCAUCCAUGCGCUCAACCGUGCGUGUCGACGACCUCAGGCGUGCUCUAUCCACCUCCAGCGGUGCGGCGCCUAGGACAAGUUAUUCAGUUCGCGCUCCAUCACGGCGCCACCGCAAAUCCUCUUCUGAUCAUGCAUCCACGACCUCGGAAUCGCUUAUUAGUGUACAUUCGCUUUCCGAUGCAUCCUUCAUCACUACACACCCAGCUGGUGACUCUCAGCAGCUUCAGAACUCCGACUCCACAGCCACACCGGCUGCGACAUCGACACCUCGUCCGCUGACAGCCACGUCGACGCAUUCAAAUGGACAAGCUCGUGAGCAACCGUAUACCCUGGACAACCUCCCUCCAGUACCUCCUAUCCCAGAAGACCUCAAGACAAGUGCCAAUGGUGGGAUCCAUUCUAGAGACUUUGCUUCGCGGCCUCGCACCACGUCAAACGGCGGCACGACGAACAAAGCGCGAAGCGUCAAGAGUAGAACCAGCAGGAGCCGGAGUGGAGACAGGAGAAGGAGCAGCGCAAGCAAGCACGUUCUUGGCCCCGCUAAACCGGAUUUCUCGGGCUUCUUGGAUAGCAUUGGUGUUGACGAUGCGGAUGCGGAGGACGGUGAUGUUGAGGUGGGAGUGCGCAAGGUCCCAUACUAA